GAGGAGGGAGGGGUGGGGAGGAGUGAGAAAGAGAGAGAGGCAGACUGACUCUGUGAGCCAGAGAAUGGAAGAGCAGUGUGUGAGAGCAAGAGUGAGAGAGAGCACGAGUAUUCUGAGUUUAUGAGAGCGCCUCCACACGCAUCUUCAGACCAGAGUCACUUCAGUUACCGUAGGACAACACAGCAGAUUGCUAUCACAGCACACUGAGAGGAGGACACUAGAAGAAAGAGAUUGACUGAGAGCCUCUCUUUAUUAAGAGGGCACAUCGGGGGACUGACAAUAGCAGCCAACCAGAAGAGUCGUAGGUCGGUGUGUGCGUGAACUUCUUCUCCUUGGUGCCCGAGAGGUCACCACCCCUGCAAAGUGCCGACAUGAUCCCGGAGGUCUUUCUGAUCUUGUGGCUGACAGGUCACGGAGUGAAUGCCAUGUUUGCGCAGCAGCCUCAAGACUUGGUAGUUGUGGCUGGUCAGCCGGUCACGCUCCCCUGCUCCAUCCCUGGUUACCAUGGUGUUGUGCUCUGGAUCAAAGAUGGCCUCGCUUUGGGCGUUGGAAGAGAACUUAUAGGUUACCCUCGCUAUGCUGUGGUCGGUGAUCACGGAUCUGGCGAGCACCACCUUCGCAUCCAAAGGGUGGAGCUGACGGAUGAUGCUGUGUUCGAGUGCCAGGCCAUCCAGGCCGCCAUGAGGUCUCGUCCAGCUCGACUCACUGUGCUAGUUCCACCUGAUGACCCCGUUAUCAUCGGAGGGCCUGUGGUGAGCCUAAGAGCGGGCGACCACCUCAAUCUGACGUGUCAUGCAGACAAUGCCAAACCUGCAGCCUCGAUCAUCUGGAUCCGAAACGGAGAGGUGCUGAAUGGAGCCACGUACUCUAAGACUCUUCUUCGAGAUGGCCGAAGGGAGAGCACUGUAAGCACCCUCUGCAUUUCAGCCUCCAACAUUGAAACCGGGCAGAAGAUCAUCUGCCGGGCGUCCAACAAGGCCGUGCCCAAUGGGAAAGAGACCAGUGUCACUAUUGACAUUCAACACUUGCCGUUGGUGAAUCUCUCGGUGGAGCCUCAACCGGUCCUGGAGGGAAACCUGGUGAAGUUCCAUUGCUCAGCCAAAGCUAAUCCACCAGUCACCCAAUACAAGUGGGCCAAAGGAGGAAGCAUGAUAAAGGAAGUGUCUGGAGACACAUAUGAGGUCAUAGUGGAUCACUCGUUUUUCACAGAGCCAGUUUCCUGUGAGGUCACCAACCCUCUUGGGAGCACCAACAUCAGUCGGAACGUGGAUGUCUACUUUGGACCUCGGAUGGCUGCAGAGCCCCAGUCUUUACAGGUUGACCUAGGAUCCGAUGCUGUGUUUAACUGUGCCUGGACCGGAAACCCCUCUUUAACUAUUGUAUGGAUGAAAAGGGGCUCUGGGGUGGUGCUAAGCAAUGAAAACAUCUUGACAUUGAAAUCUGUCAGGCAAGAGGAUGCUGGGAAGUAUGUGUGCCGUGCAGUGGUGCCUCGUGUUGGAGCGGCCGAGAAGGAAGUCUCUCUCACCGUAAAUGGACCUCCGACCAUCUCCAGCACACAGACCCAUCAGGCUCCACACGGGGAGAAGGGACAGAUCAAAUGUUUCAUCCGCAGCACACCACCCCCAGACCGCAUUGCCUGGUCCUGGAAGGAGACUGUCCUGGAGUCAGGGACAUCAGGUCGCUACACGGUGGAGACAGUAAGCACAGAGGACGGAGUGCUGUCCACCCUCACCAUGAGUAACAUCGUACCUGCCGACUUCCAGACCAUCUACAACUGCACCGCCUGGAACAGCUUUGGCUCCGAUACAGAGAUCAUUCGCCUCAAGGAACAAGGUGGGAGCCAAGAUUCCCUCCCUGUUGCCGUGAUCAUCGGCGUGGCAGUUGGCGCUUUCGUUGCUUUCAUCGUCCUCAUGGGAACCAUUGGCGCAUUCUGCUGUACGCGCUCUCAGAGAAAGAAAACAGCUCAUCCAUGUACAGAAGACGCUCACCUGGUUAUGCCUACACUGCCCACUUCCAUCUGUGCUCAGCAGAGAGAACUUGCAAGCAAAAUUAAGACAGAAAACCUCAAAGGCGUGGUAUCAGCCAAGAACGACAUUCGAGUGGAAAUCGUACACAAAGAUCACAACGCAGCCCGAGAAAACGAGGAUCACUCCGCCAUGAAACAGCUCAUGAUCGAACGGGGAGAGUUUCAGCAGGAGUCCGUUCUGAAGCAACUUGAGGUACUUCAGGAAGAGGAGAAGGAGUAUCAGCACAUCAAGGACCCCACUAAUGGAUACUACAGCGUGAACACCUUUAAGGAGCAUCAUGGCACCCCAACCACGCUGGCCGGAAACCAGACCACAGAGCUCCGCCGAGACCCUGCCACAGCCACCACUGGCAAGCAGCGGGUUCCCACUGGAAUGUCUUUCACCAACAUCUACUCUACCUUGGGUGCUGGACCCAACCGCCUGUACGACUACAGCCAGCGGUUCGUGCUGGGCAUGGGCAGCAGUUCCAUCGAGCUUUGCGAGCGAGAAUUCCAGCGAGGAUCGUUGAGCGAUUCCAGCUCUUUCCUGGACACACAGUGCGACAGCAGCGUCAGCAGUUACAGCAAGCAGGAUGGCUACGUGCAGUUCGACAAGGACAGCAAGGCCUCUGCCUCGGCCUCUUCCUCGUCCCAUUACUCUCAGUCAUCGUCCCAGAACUCAGACCUCACGCGGCCACUGCAGAAACGCAUGCAGACCCACGUCUGACUGCAGGAGAUGGACAGAAGACAGAGGAAUCCAGCGCUGGGAUUGGCCACAGGGGAUUGAAUCCCCCCCAGAUGAGAAUCAGGAACCAGUUCAAGCACAUCUAGCACGCCAGUUUCAUUUUAUCCUCCACUUCUUUUGCUUUUAACGUUUCUUUGAUAUAUGUGGAUUUCUUCAUUUGUCCAGAUCUUAUUUAAAGCUCUGAAAAGCCUUACCGGUUUCAGAACCUUGUCUUGGCCCUUCCGAAUGCCCUAAAUAUCUGGGCCAAAAACCUCCUCUAAACAACAGUGUGCCACAGUGAUGUUACUUGCCAACGUAGAAAGAAGCUCUGAACAGAACUAGUGUCAUUGUUGUAGUUAUUUUGAAACGGCUUGGAAGGACCUCCUCAAAGAAAGCAUAACAACAUUGCUCAAAUGAGCUCUUUGAAGACAGUUGAUGAAGGCUACACUUCAUACCUCUGUAGUCCAUUCACUCCUCUGCACCACUAGAGAAAAAUUAUCUGUUGCUCUUGUACAUUAAAGCACAACUGUCAAAGUUGUAUGUAAAACUUCUCAAUGCCUCUACCA